AUUUUCACGUAUCUCUCUCUCUUCCCUCUCUCUUCUUUCUCUCUCUUGUUUCUCUCUCUUCCCCCUUCUUCCCCUGUCGGUGUAUACAGAUCUUGUGCACUCCACGCUCUCUCUUCAAUCUUCAUUCAUCUCUGCAAGUUUUGUUCCCAUUUGGGUUUCUUCAUUCACCUGCAACGAAUUGUGGGUCUCUCUUGGUUCUUCUGUUGAAGCUAGCUAAAGGGUGCUUGGAUCUUUGGUCGCCGGCGCCGGCGGUGGGUAGGAGCAGCACCGUCACUGUAUAUGAUUGUCGGCGGCUGCUGCUUCUGAAUUUGGUGAAGGAUUUGGGGGAAGAGAGGGUUGAUAGGUGGGGAUUUUUGUGGGUUUAGGGGAUAAUGUGGAUGAGCUGAGGCUAAAGUUUUGUUCUUUUUUGGAUUUGAGACGUGGGUUUUGUUCUGGUUGUGCUUGAUCUUUGACCCUAUAGGGAGGUUUUGGAGAAUUUGUAGGUGUCAGCUGAAAAUGCAGCAGCCAGAUCACAGGAAAAAGAGUUCAACAGAGAUGGACUUUUUCUCUGAAUAUGGUGAUGCCAACCGGUACAAAAUUCAAGAAGUCAUAGGAAAAGGAAGUUAUGGUGUUGUCUGUUCAGCGAUUGACACUCACACUGGUGAAAAAGUGGCAAUUAAAAAGAUUCAUGACAUCUUCGAACAUAUUUCUGAUGCUGCACGUAUUCUCCGUGAGAUAAAGCUGCUUAGACUCCUGCGACAUCCCGAUAUUGUUGAAAUAAAGCACAUUAUGCUUCCUCCUUCUCGGAAGGACUUCAAAGAUAUUUAUGUUGUUUUUGAGCUCAUGGAGUCGGAUCUUCAUCAAGUCAUUAAAGCAAAUGAUGACUUAACAAAAGAGCACUAUCAGUUUUUCCUCUAUCAAUUACUUCGAGCUUUGAAGUAUAUUCACACCGCAAAUGUCUAUCAUCGAGAUUUGAAGCCAAAAAAUAUACUGGCUAAUGCAAACUGCAAACUCAAAAUUUGUGAUUUUGGGUUAGCUAGAGUUGCCUUCAGUGACACCCCAACAACUAUAUUUUGGACGGAUUAUGUUGCGACAAGGUGGUAUAGAGCUCCCGAGCUAUGUGGAUCAUUUUACUCUAAGUAUACACCAGCGAUUGAUGUAUGGAGUAUAGGUUGCAUCUUUGCUGAAGUACUAGCAGGAAAGCCGCUUUUUCCUGGAAAAAAUGUAGUCCAUCAGUUGGAUCUGAUGACAGAUCUGCUUGGGACUCCCUCACUGGAUACUAUAUCACGGGUUCGCAAUGAGAAGGCAAGGAGAUACCUAACUAGCAUGAGGAAAAAGCAACCUGUGCCGUUUGCACAAAAAUUUUCUAAUGCAGACCCUUUAGCACUACGACUGUUGGAAAGGUUACUGGCUUUUGAUCCGAAAGACCGGCCCACUGCUGAAGAGGCACUAGCUGAUCCCUACUUCAAGGGACUAGCAAAAGUUGAGAGGGAACCAUCCUGCCAGCCUAUUUCGAAAAUGGAGUUUGAAUUCGAAAGACGGAGAGUCACGAAGGAAGAAAUUCGAGAGCUAAUUUUCCGUGAGAUUCUUGAGUAUCAUCCACAACUAUUGAAAGACUAUAUGAAUGGAACAGAGAGAACUAACUUUCUUUAUCCAAGUGCUGUUGAUCAAUUCAGAAAGCAGUUUGCUCAUCUAGAGGAAAAUGGUAAAAGUGGGCCUGUUAUGCCACUUGAUAGAAAGCAUGUUUCUCUUCCAAGGUCAACAAUUGUGCAUUCAAAUACCGUGCACCAUAAAGAGCAAAUAAAUAUUGCUUCCAGCAAAAACCAACAUAUAUCUGAGGAAUAUAAUAAGAAUCCCAGAGAUACAGAAAAUCCAGUGCUAAGGUCGUUGCAGGGGCCCCAAAGAAUUCCAUUAGCAAAACCUGGUAAAGUUGUUGGACCUGUUGUUCCAUACGAGUACGGUACUGUUGUCAAGGAUUCUUAUGAUCCAAGAGCAUACAUAAGAGGUUCUGUUCUUCCUUCUCAACCUGUUCCUGCAGCAUAUUAUUAUCAAAGACCUAGCCCUGGAAUUCAAGAAAGGCCAGGACCAGAAGUUGAUAAAGGUGUUCCUUUGCAAGCAAAACAUGCACAGCAAUGUGGCGUGAAUGCCAAAAUUGCACCGGAGAUAGCUAUUAAUAUCGAUACAAAUCCAUUUUUCAUGACGCGUGCAGGGGUGAACAAGUUAGAACAAGGUGAUCAAAUAGCCAUAGAAACAAACUUGCUGCAGUCGAAGGCUCCAUAUGGUGGAAUCAAUGCUGCAGCUGGGGCCACUGCUCAUAGAAAGGUUGGUCCUGUUCAGUAUGGUAUGGCAAGAAUGUUCUAGAAUAGGGUUUGUCUUGUUUGUGAGUAGUUUGGCCAGAGGGGACAAUCCAUGUUGUAGAGAAAAGGGCUCUAUGUAGGAAAGGAGUUGUAGUCUCUGGUUAUUAUUUGUGUAUAAACUAUAAAGUGAGGGAGGGAGAGGGCCAUUAGGAAUUGCUUCCCAAAAAAAGCUUUGAAUCAAACAGUUAUUGAGAAACUGUAACAUUGAAAUUGAGUCCUAUCUUGUAAGUGAGUCCAUAACUUUCCUUUUUAGGUAUUUGCAGUGAAAUCAUCACCUUGAAAGCAAGCUCUUGGAUGUUUGUAUUUCUAAUAAGAUAAAUGAAAUUUCACAUA